ACAAACUAGAAAAGCAGAUAAUAAUGAACAACUUACAAAAGCAGCUCAUAUUAUUGACCAUCUUCGCCAUGAUAAUAUAUUUCGAAGUUCAUUUGUUGCCAAAAAAAAGUAUCCUUAUUGCAAAAAAGAUUUAAUAGGAUUAACAGACAAGGCAUCUUGUUUUCUCCUUGAACUAUUCACUAAAGUCAAAAACAAUGUAGGAAAAAAUUAUCCACCAAUUGACCAAUCAAUAGAGUGUCAUCUUAAGGAUACUUGUAUGAAGCCUCAACUAAAUUCUAGUGAUCAAAAUUUUCAGCAGUUCAUAAAGCUGACGCUUCUUCCAUGUGGUCAUAUUUAUCAUGAAUAUUGUUUACAACAUCAUGAAUACAAGU